AAUAGCUUAUUAAGAGGGAAUUCUACUUAUUCUGCUGCAGGUAAUUGGCGAUAGGCACAAGAGAAGCAGAGAAGUUCCAUCUUCUUCUGUUCUGAGUCGAGCAGAAGAGGUUCGAGCUAACCUAGAUCCUUGGUCCCCAGCUUUCUCAAGUUGAUGCAACGUUCCCAUGUUACACAAGGGUUUUGGUUGGGGCUUCCAGUAGAUUUUUGCAGAAAGCAUAUGCCAAAGCAUGAUAAAUUAGUCAUUUUGGAAGAUGAGAAUGGCAAAGAAUAUGAAGCAAGGUUCCUUGCAGCUAAAGUUGGACUUAGUGGGGGCUGGAAACCUUUUUCCAUUGCGCAAAAAUUGGUCGAGGGCGAUGUUGUCGUUUACCAUUUGGUGGGGGAUUGUAGAUUCAAGGUUUACAUUGUGAGAGCAACUAGUUUGGGUGAAGUGGAUGGAGCUCUUGGCCUCUUAAACUUAGAAAAUCAUCCCAGUGGAAGACACUCUGGUGGAGGAGGAGAAGGGACCAAAGGGACUGAUAUGAAAGGAGACGGUGCUAUCAUCUUGAAUGAUGCGGAGGGUUCUGGAAAAUCAAUAUCAUUUGUUAAUUUUCAAAGCUUCAACAUAAUUGCCAACAACCUCAUUUUGGACUCUGAGCUCCCCAAAUACGUUCGGUUGAAGUAUUAUGACCUCUGUUGUGCUCAAAAAUCAUAUCUGCAUGUUGGUCUCCUUAAGAGCAUUAGCUGCGCACUGGCCUCUGGAAUUAUAUCAGAGACGGUUAAAAUUGCAGAUGCAAUCAAAUCUUGCAAGAUUUUGACUCCUCAGGAAGAUUUUGCUCUCUGGGACAAGACAUUAGAAGGCUUUGAGCUACUAGGCAUGGAAGUUGGAUUUUUACGUGCUCGGCUUAACAAACUUGUAAAGCUUGCAAUGCGGUCAAGAAAGAUUCAGGAAUCAAAGAGGUACAAACAAGCCAGGAUUGAGCAUUAUUUUGUAACAGAAGAGGUCGAGACUCUUGAAAAGAAGCUUAAAGAGAAGCAUCAGCUCAGGUUACUUCAGCAGGUUUUCCCUGCUGCUGUGAGAAGGUCCAGUCGAGUCACAGAUAAGCCUCCCCCUAGUUACAAGGAAGCAAGUUUUCUCAUCAUUGAUUCAACCACCAAUUUGACACCAGCCAUUUGACAUGAAGAAGGUCACAUUUCAGAAGUCUGCACGAGGCAAAAAGAGGGCUCUUGGAACCGUACUGAUGCUCCGAUUCAGAGGCUACUUUUUGGCGCACAAAAUGAAACUUUUUUUUUUUUGCAUAUUUUGUACAUAAACCCUGAAUCUGAAUGUAACAAAAAUAGUUCAACCGUUAUGCUUUCGGAAGAGAAGUAUAUAUACGUUGAGCCCUCUAAAUGGUGCUUUUCUUGUGAA